GGCGCUGGGAAUGCCGAGUUGCAGCAAUAGUGAGCAAUAAUAGCGGGCGGCUUUCGCUCUCGGCCAAGUCUCCUUCCCGGGUGGGCGGAACCCAGUGCAGCCCUAUCCCGAGGGGAGGGAGAAAGGCCAGGGGGCGCCUGAGAGGUUUCCAGAGUAUCUUAUAGGGGAGGGAGGCCAGCAGCCCGCGCUGAGUCCGGCUCCAGCUGCUCCUGGGCGAUGGCUGCGUUGCUGGGGCCUUUGGUGCCCGAGCUGCAGCGCCUGCUGGAGAAAGACCCCUACCUGGCUCCCUUUGAGCAAGACUUCCAGCGCAGGUAUGGCGUGUUUCAUCACAUCUUGAAGAGUGUUGAAGAAUCUGAAGGUGGCCUUGAUAAAUUCACGAAGAGUUACCUAACAUUUGGAGUCAACAGAUUUGUGGAUGGUGGAAUAUACUGCAAAGAAUGGGCUCCUGGGGCUGAAGCAGUGUUUCUCACAGGAGACUUCAAUAACUGGAAUCCAUUUUCCCAUCCAUACAAGAAAAUGGAUUUUGGGAAGUGGGAGUUGUUCAUCCCACCUGGACCAGAUGGAUUUUCUCCUGUGUCUCAUGGAUCAAAACUUAAGGUGGUGAUACGAACCCGAAGUGGAGAAGUCCUCUACCGUAUUUCUCCUUGGGCAAGAUAUGUAGUUCGUGAAGGUACCAAUGUCAACUAUGAUUGGAUAUUCUGGGACUCGCCAAACCCAUACAGGCGGAGACAUCCUGUUCCUAAGAAGCCUAAAAGCUUAAGGAUCUAUGAAUCUCAUGUGGGAAUUGCUUCCCCUGAAGGGAAAAUAGCUUCAUAUAAAAACUUCACACACAAUGUACUUCCGAAAGUCAAGGAUCUUGGUUAUAACUGUAUUCAGUUGAUGGCUGUGAUGGAACAUGCUUACUAUGCUAGUUUUGGUUAUCAGAUCACAAGCUUUUUUGCAGCAUCAAGCCGUUAUGGGCCUCCAGAUGACUUGAAGGAACUGAUAGAUGUUGCCCAUUCUAUGGGAAUUACAGUCCUGUUGGAUGUUGUACAUAGCCAUGCAUCUAAGAAUUCUGAAGAUGGACUGAACAACUUCGAUGGUACCGAUAAUGCCUUUUUUCACUCUGGUCCUAGAGGAGUACAUGCACUCUGGGAUAGUCGACUCUUUGACUAUGCAAACUGGGAAGUCUUGCGAUUUCUUCUUUCUAACCUAAGGUGGUGGAUAGAAGAGUAUGCAUUUGAUGGCUUUCGAUUUGAUGGUGUAUCUUCCAUGCUAUAUCAUCAUCAUGGUAUUGGUGAAGGCUUCAGUGGAGAUUACAGUGAAUACUUUGGUAUGCAUGUUGAUGAAGAUGCUCUGGCAUACCUGAUGAUGGCAAACUACAUGACACAUUUCUUACAUCCAGAAUGCAUAACAGUGGCAGAGGAUGUGUCUGGAAUUCCAGCUCUUUGCUUCCCAGUGAAAGAAGGGGGAUGUGGAUUUGAUUAUCGGCUGGCCAUGGCAAUUCCUGACAAAUGGAUUCAGAUAAUCAAGGAGCUUAAGGAUGAAGACUGGGAUAUGGGAAAUAUAGUAUUCACACUAACAAACAGGCGAUAUGGAGAGAAAUAUAUUGCAUAUGCAGAGAGUCAUGACCAGGCCCUUGUUGGUGAUAAGACUUUGGCAUUUCGUCUGAUGGAUGCAGAGAUGUAUACCUGUAUGUCUGUCCUCACACCUCUUACUCCAGUUAUUGAUCGUGGCAUACAGAUUCAUAAAAUGAUUCGGCUCAUUACUCAUGCACUUGGAGGAGAGGGCUAUCUCAACUUCAUGGGCAAUGAGUUUGGACACCCAGAAUGGUUGGAUUUUCCCCGAAAAGGGAAUAAUGAAAGCUACCAUUAUGCUAGAAGGCAGUUUCAUUUAGCUGAUGACCAGCUUCUUCGCUAUAGAUUCCUCAAUGAUUUUGACAGAGAUAUGAACAAACUGGAAGAAAGAUUUGGCUGGCUUUCAUCACCCCCGGCUUACAUCAGUGAGAAGCAUGAAUCAAACAAAGUUAUUGCAUUUGAGAGGGCAAAUCUUUUGUUUAUAUUCAAUUUCCAUCCAUCGAAAAGUUAUGCAGAUUAUCGAGUAGGUACAGAAAAUCCUGGAAAGUUCAAAAUUGUACUGGAUUCUGAUGCUCCAGAUUAUGGAGGGCAUAACAGACUGGACCAUAACACAGAAUUCUUCACUCAAAAUUACUCACAUAACAGUAGACCUAAUUCUCUUCUGCAACCCAGAUCACUGAAUGAAAGUGAUGGCCAACCCCGAGGACAGCUGCACACAUACUUUCUGGAGGUGUACAUUCCCAGCAGAGUGGCCUUGGUGUUCCAGAAUAUGGAUAUCCAGAACUGAAAAAUCCUCCUAGAGCUAGAUCCAUGACUGCAAAGAUCAAGCAGGGUUUUGAUCUAAUGGUACUGCUGUAUUUACCAGUUUGGAAACAUUUCAAUAUGAGGAGAUGUUAAUACUGAUUGAAACAUGUAGUAAUUAUUUAUUUAUAAUUGCAAAGGAUUCCCAUUGGGAAAUGCACAUUCAAAGCAAACAUAUGUAAAAGGAGAAGAAAGAAAACAGCAUUGUUAAAAAGGAGAAGAAAGAAAACAGCAUGUUAUGGAAUUUGGUGUCAGGACAGCUGCUAUCCUCAAAGUAAUGCUCCCAGUAUUUUAUCAGGAAAUGCAUGUUGGUUUCCAAAAAUUUCUACGACAUCGUUUAUAAUUUGCUGUUCAGCACAUUUUUUAUAUUAGAACUAGGAAAAGUUGAAGAUUAUUAAUUUGCUAUCAAUUUCUGUAAUAAUAACAUACUUCUUUAACUCUAGAUUCCAGAGUAGUGGGUUGUUCUGUAUUUUCUUAUAUUAACCCAUUUUGAAAGGCUUGUAAGCCUUCUUAAAAAUGUAUGCAAAAAUGAUUUGUAGCAACCAUAUGAGAGAAUGGCACCAACCAUCAUCCUUGUAGUAGCCAUAUUGACAGUAUAACACUGGUGGAUUUACUACUGUCAAAAUGUAUGGAAGUGACUCGGUUUUGAAAUAAAUAACUGAAUCCCUUCUUUUAUAUGAUUGCAAAAUUAAAAUUUCAAAUCAAACGUCUCUGGCUAUAAUGUUGAGAAUCCUGUGUUCUGUGGUAAAACGUAGAUGGUAAAUGAGACAAUAUCUGGAUAAAAGCAUUGUGAGGAUUGUGUUUUCUGAAUCUUGCAAACAAAGGUAGGAACCUUUGGCCUUCCUGAAGUUUUGGCCUACACUUUUCUUGGGGUGCUUCUUGACAGCCCAGAAAUCUGCACCAAAGUGGGUUUUUAAAACCCGCUUUGGCAUGAAUUUUUGACCCACUAAAAACCCAGUAUUUCCUGAGGGGUUGGCUACAUGCCAUCCCGAUAACAGCCACCCCAAAGCCCCCCUCCCAAAAAAAUUCCCCCUAAAAAGUUAAAAAAGAACCUUACCUGGCUGAUAUAACGUUCCUCCUCACACCAGGAGGGCAUAAGAAAAUGCUUGCCAGGAGAUGGGGGGGGGGGUGGAAAUCCUCCCCCGGGUCUCCUGGCUCAUCAUUUCCUCACACCCUCAUGGCACAAGGAGGAUCAUUACAGCAACCAGGUAAGAGUUUUUUCAAUUUUUAGGGUUAAAUGGAGGGCUGGGAGGUGCAGGUGGGUUCCAUACCAGACCUUUGGGCUCCAGGUUGGAAAAUGGGGAUUCACCCCCAGGUAGUCCUGGGACUAGCUAGAAGUGAGUUCCCACAGACCCAAUACACUAUUACAGGCCUUUCAGGAAGGCCUCGAUCUAAUGGGGUAUCUAAUUAAUUCAGAAUAACUUGGGUUAUUCCAAAUUAAUUCAGUUUUACAGGAGGCAUUGUUUGGAUGACUCCAGUAAAACCAAGACAGGUCCCGGUUUUUGGGCCAGUCUAGAUGGGCCCUUACUGUUGUCCAUCCUGGAAGGGCUUUUGGGGAAUUACGAUGUCAUGUGUUACAUGUUCCCCUAAUCUAGAAAGUUACAAAAUCUGGGAAACCAAAGAUUCCUCAACUUUGCUAAUAAAAAUCACAUCAUUUUCAAGCAUAUUUAAAAUGAAAUAUUUUUUUUUACUUUCAUUAAUGUUUUCUUUGUAUUAAAGCAGGUUAUAACCAUUAGCGUGAACCUUACCCCUUGUGUCCACCUUUAUUACAUUGCUUCACAUUUCAAAUCGAACUGUUCUGUUCUCCAUGAAUAAAGAUAAAGAGGAAAUUAUUAUUUGAAUCCAGCUGGGUUAUACAUUUGAAAUGACAGUUGGAAACAUCUGAUUCUUUUAAAAUGAGAAUCAUGUCAUAGGUGUGGAAGAUGUAUUCUGAAUUAUUUAAAAAUAAAUAUCACAUCAUAAAAAAUCAGAAGAUAAAAUGUUUACAGAAGAAUUCCUGUUGGUGUGUAUUUGACUAGCCAUCUUUUCUCACUUUGCAAUAUACAAAGCACUUGUGCCAGUAUUCAGUGUGCCUUCUUAACGCUUUACAAAAGCAAGUAUUAUGGAUCAAAGUAGCCAGUGAUACACUUGUUAAACUGAGUAGGUUUUUCUUGUACAUCUCCAAUGUAGUUUAUAUGUUAUAUAAGCAGAAUGGCUUACGUGGAUCAUUCCUACGCUUGCAAAAAGUUUAUAGUAAACCAGGCCCGUCAACACCUAUCUUUAGAUAGAUAUGUAGACAUGAGAACACAAACCUCACCCCUCUGCCUACAAAACAGGCAUUUGUAAACACAGUCACACCUACUGUAGUUAAAUUUGCUGGCAAAGUAAUAUAUGUUGCUCUGCUGAUUAAUAUCCCAGUGGCCAAAGCAAUACAAUUGUCAAUUGUUAAAAAUUGAGAAAGUUCCUGUUUGAACAGUUAAAAACCAGUCAUUCUAUAAUUCUUUUGCAUAUUUUAAAUCUGGAGGGGAGAUAAAUAGCUCUAUGAAUAUGUGAUAUACUUUUGUUAAAUUGAUUUAUUAAUAUAUAAUGAAGAUUUUUCUAGCCCUGUGUACGGAAAUGUAAAGGAUAUUGUUUAUGUCAAACUUAUGCAAGAAAAGCAAUAAAUAUGUAAUGUGAUUAGAAACUAAAAA